AAAAGGUUUUAUUGAGACAGGUUAACUUGCCGAAUGCCGAAUGCCAGUACCAAGUAUCAACAACAAAGUUUGCAAGUUGCAAAUAAAAUUUAUUAAAAAAUGAACGCGCCUCCGACCUUCGAUUCAUUUCUCCUUUACGAUGGUGAACAAAAGAUUGUGCGAGUCACAGAUACAAAGGUACCGAAUGCUGCUUUGUUCACAAUUAACAAAGAGGAUCACACAUUGGGAAACAUGAUUAGGAACCAACUUUUGAAAGACCCUAAGGUGUUGUUUGCCGGUUAUAAAGUGCCGCACCCGUUGGAUCCGAAAUUUGUGAUCAGGAUUCAGACGACAAACGAUGAAACGCCACAGAACGCCUUGAAAAAUGCAAUUGCCGACUUGAUCGCAGAAUUGUCCCUCUUUGAAGAAAGAUUCAAAGAGGCGAUCAAGGACAGGAAGGAAAGAUUGGAUUGAAACAAGUUGGAAAAGAACUUUUCAAUUUACAUUUAUUUAACGUGUAAAUUUUGUAUUAUAUGCCUUUCAGAUGUUUUUAAUGUAAAAGUUACCC